AUGGUAGCCAACUUUGCAGGGAACCCGGUCACAACUGUUAUUGUGACUUAUAGCCCGACAGAGGGGGCGACUGUCGACGAAGCAGAAAACUACUACGACAGCCUUGGUGGUGCCAUCGACCAGAUACCAGCCCACAACUUACUAUUCGUUGUAGGAGACCUCAAUGCGCAUGUCUCAUCAUCAGGAAACUGGACAUCCUUCCACAAGGGUCCAGCAAACCGAAAUGGUAGACUGCUAGAGGAUAUGCUGUUGGAGCGACAGCUAGAAAUCACAAACACCAGAUUUCAGAAGCAAAGAGGUAAACUCUGGACAUAUCUCUCAGAUAUGAGUCAAAGUAAAUCUCAAAUCGACUUCAUCAUUUGCCGGAAGAAAUGGCGGAACUCCGUCAAGAACUCCGAAGCAUAUGGUAGUUUCCACAGUAUUGGCUCGGAUCACAGAGUAGUCGUAGCAAGGGUAAAGCUUAGUCUACGGAUAAGCAAGACGGAGAAGAGGGCUCCGGUUCUGGACUGGUCUAAACUUAAAACUGAUAUCGCUCUACAAGAGAGGUACACAGUGGAAGUUAAAAACCGCUUUUCCAUACUUGAAAAGGAUGAUCAGACGGCAACAGAAAGGUACCAAUGCUUUAUUGAUGCGAAUAGGACAACUUCUCGACUUUUACUACCUGAAAAGGAGAAAAAGAAAAGAUGUAAAAUCUCAGCGACUCCAAGUGUUGAAAUUGCCAGGCUGAAGCUGAGGGAAUGUAGCAUAAAAUACCACUCAGAUGCUACAGAAGACAACCGAAUAGCUGUCCAAGAGGGCAAACAGAAGCUAGGCGAUGCUUAUCAAGCAGCCAAAGAGCACCUGCUGGAGGGGCAGGUCCGGGAACUGGAGGAAGCAAGUUGGCAGGGCAGACAUGCUAAAAGCUGGACCAUGAUCAACAAGAUCACAGGUAAAGCUCCAUCAUAUACUGGCAAAAUCAAGGGAAACUCACCAACGGAAAGGGUUCAGAAAUGGAAGGACUAUUUUGCUACUCUUCUCGGCUCACCACCGACGGUAGAGAACGCGGAAGAGGAUAUUGAUCCAGUCCACCCACCUCUGAAUAUCGGAACAGAACCGUUUACGUUGGAUGAGUACAGAAAAGCAAAGUCCAGCAUAAAGGAAGGGAAAGCAUGGGGUGACGACAACAUAGCCCCAGAAGUCUUAAAACGAUGCGACCUUGAUCAAAUUGUCUUAGACUUCUGUAACAAUGCUCUAUUGAAAGAAACCAGAAUGGAUUCAGACCAGGAAGGUCAACAACUCAACAGAUAUUGGUACUGA